AUGCCCCCCGCUCCAGUCUCUAUUACCCAGCGCAGCCUGUGGCCACCGAUCCCUGCUGUGGCACGCUGCUCCCUUCCUCCUGCGCCGCUGUAUAGCCCCCUGUCCCCUCAAGUUAUGGGGAAUAAACCUAGCGAGCACUCCUCAGCAGAGGAGGCUCUCACAAGUGAGCCACAGGCAAGCGCUGUAGCACAGGAGUCCCUCCAGGAGAAUGUGGCUGGGAUGAUUACUCACCCUCCAACUCAUUGUGUGCCCCCUCCCCCUCCAGUGCCAGCUUCUAUUGCCAGUUAUCCAGGCUUAGCUGCUGCCCCUGCGGUAACGGCCCAGCCGCCUAGUACCCCCUCAGUCUCUGUGCCUGCCCCACAUCCUGACUACUCACCUCGAUCAUCAGUGGAUGGCCACGACCACCGAGAAAGGCGCAGGUCGGUUUUUCACCGCUCCAGACGUUCCCGCUAUGGUUCCAGAGCCUACAGACGGAGUCGCCGUUCUACACGCUCGAGGUCGGCUAGGUGGCGGUCACCUUCAUUAUCGGAUCUGAGCUCCUGUGGAUCCAGCUCUGGCAGGUCAAGAACCCGUAGUAGGCGCGAACGCAGACGGCGGUCCAGCAGGUCGUCGCGUGGGGUUGAUGCAACCAGCGCGGUUCCAACAGCGCCUCCUCAGACAGCUUCAGUGGCUCCCCCACUGCCGAAUGCGUUAACCGGCGAGUUCAAUUUUACUGGAGCAUGGGGUACUGACACAGUAGCGAAAGGGUUAGUGCCCGCUCUUAAAGUUUUAUUAGCCCAGUUAGACCCGAAUUCUGUCCCGCAAGCACCUCUCAUGCCUUCUCCACCCAUUAAGCCCCGGGCAGGAGAUCAUAAAGAAUCAUUAGUCUAUAUGUACUCCAUUUAUAGAGCUUUGAAGUCACACGGUGGUUCCGCAUGGUGGCGUUACGAUGAGGAGUUCCGCCGCCGCCUGGCUCUGACGCCAGAGAUUGGUUGGGGGGUAAAGGCGGCUGACCUAUGGCUUAGUCUCAUGUUGGCGCAAAAAUCUCAGCCCUUUUCCCUUCGGCCGCUGCCUCCUCAGCAACUGGGCAGGGGUCAUUGCAAAUUUUUCGCUCUCUGUAAGUAUAAACAUGAAUGCUCCAUCUGUGGAGGGGAGCACUCCGCGGUACGUUACCAGCGUACCCAACCUGGGCAGAAACCGUUACCACCCGCUGGUGGGAAAGACACCAGUGAGCGUGUCCGCGAUGUCCCCCUGGCUCGAUCAAUACCCCAAUAG